AUGGUGGGAAGUCUCGAUUGUAUGCAUUGGCAGUGGAAAAACUGCCCAACCUCAUGGCAAGGGCACUUCACUGGUUAUAAGGGAAAACCCACAAUCAUUCUGGAGGCAGUCGCAUCAUACGAUGCUUGGAUUUGGCACGCCUAUUUCGGACUUCCAGGUUCCCUUAAUGAUAUUAAUGUACUUGGAAUGUCUCCAUUAUUCAAUGAAAUAUGCACAGGUGAGACUCCUCGAGUUUCGUACCAUGUAGGUGCUAGAGAAUAUGGCCAAUGCUACUACCUAGUCGAUGGGAUCUACCCUAAAUGGGGAUCUUUUGUGAAAGCAAUUAGAAAUCCAAUUACGCCAGAGCAAGCUCAUUUUACAAAGAUGCAGGAGUCAUACAGAAAAGACGUGGAGAGGGCUUUUGGCAUUCUGCAAGCUCGUUUUGCAAUAGUAAGAGGACCCGCCCGUGGAUGGGAUAGAGAGGAUCUCCAAUACAUCAUGAUGACCUACAUUAUUUUGCACAACAUGAUUAUCGAUGAUGAGCGUGAAGAAGAUGAAGAUUCGUCUAUUGACCUCGAUGAUAUCCCCACCAGACCAAGGAAAGCACAAAUAUAUGAGAGGUAUGAGGAUGAUCAUGAGGUUGAGCGCAACCGUCCUGAACUUGAGGAGUUCAUGACCCGUUACCAAGGGGUUAGAUGCCCAAUUGUGCAUAGAGUCCUUCAAGGAUAUUUGGUUAAUCACCUCUGGAACAUAAAGCUGCAAGCAAAGCGGAACCGCAGAUGA